AAAGCAACAACAACAGCAAGGAGGGAGAGACGCAUUUUCUGUGUGAGGUAAUAUGAAAGAGAUCUCGAAUGAUAUCUCUGAGGAUGGAGGAACACUGCACGACGACGACGAGCUUUUAUAUACUCAUGGGCACGAUUUUCGAUUUGGCAGAAUUGUGUUGGUUCUCUCUAAAUCUCUUCGCAACGCCUCACUCUUUGCAAUUCGGAAAUUCAAAUUUCCAUCGGACUAUUUUAUUCUGUGACGUGGCGUCCGCUACAGAUACAGUGCAUGCAGCCUUCAUUAUUCUAUUCCAUCUUCUUACAGCCUCCCAAUAUUGACCAUCAACAACAAUGAUUCGGAUCGCUAGUUUUGAUGGCCUCUUGAACUCAGGCUUAGUGGGCGACGAGCAAGACUAGGCAGGG